UCAAAAUCACGCGAAAUUAAACUAAAAAUAUCAAAUAUGCAAUUAAACUGAACAUUAUUCCGCGGCAACUCGAUUUUAGUGCCCACUCCACUCCGCAUGGACGCCGCCGAUCAGAUCACAGCUACGGCGGAGGACAGAGGCGCCGGCGGCAAGCUCCGGAAACCACCACCGAGAAGGCCGCCUGCUAGCCCUUACGCCCGUCCGGCGCCCCGCCGUUGGAUUUCCAAGCUCGUCGAUCCCGCCUACCGAGUCAUCGCCGGCGGAGCCACUCGUUUUCUCCCUUCCUUCUUCUCCACAACGGUUCCCGCCUCUGCAUCUGCAGCACUACGUCUACCUGACCCUACUUCUUCAUCUUCCUCUCCAGACCAAGUAUGUAAAGGGCAAACUGGUGAACAAGGAGAUAAAGAUAAUACACUCAAAAGUGAUUUACAACUCUUGGCAUCCGAAUCAAUUGAGUACAGACAGGAUGAAAAAGGAAAGCAGUCUGAGAAAAAUAGGCUUUCAGAUGUCGAGCAACUUCUGCAAAGGAAAAAACUUUCUAGAGAUGAAUUCAAUCAUUUGGUAGAGGUUUUAAAUUCAAGGGUAAUGGACCCCGCAAUUGAUGAACAUGGAAAGGAAAAUACAAAUUUGACUACUGGGAAAGAUGAUGGGAAGCUUGCAAUGGCAAGCAUGCUUCCAAAGGUUUCAAGUGAACAGAGGCAUCAAGAGUUGAAUGGGGCCAUACCGGUAGGCUCUUCACCUCUUGGAUUUUCAAAAGUUCGAGAUGAUAUUGGUGCUUCACCAAUUGAGCUUGCUAGAGCAUACAUGGAUUCCCGUGCAUCAGAUGCAGGCCUCAAUUCUAAGAGCAUGUUUGAUACUGUUAAAAGCACAACUUUGUAUUGUGAUGAAGCUGCAAUAAAGCCACAUGAUCUGUCACCAUCGAAAAAGUCAUCAACAUGCUGGCCUGGUGCUAUGGUGCAGGAUGCUUACUUAACACCACAAAGCCAGAGAAAGGGAUAUGGACUUCACAACCUUCGCCGGACUCCUUAUUCCAGAUCUCUAUGGACAAACUCUAAGUCCAAGUCAGUUUAUGCACAAGUAGAAGACGGCCACUUUUCAUCAACUCCCCUCCAUCAAUCAGAGACUACUCCAUAUCCGCAGACAAAGGAUAAAUCUAAAGUUGAUGCAUUGGGAAGUGGGUAUGGAUCUGUUGGACCUAUUCGUUCAACUAGGCGUAAAUUUGGUGUGCAAUCUACUUCACGAAGACCAGCUUAUUCAUCUCUGAGUAUUCCUUCACAGCGAGAAAGUUCUGGUGUUAUUGAAGGUUUCACUCCUACUGUUACAAAGAGCACGGAUGCUGAUGGGAUGGGCAACAAUCAUAAGCCCCUGGGCUUUAAGGGGGGUGUUCCCAUGCAUACCAGUUUGAUGGCUAAGAAGAUAUUGGAGCAUAUUGACAGAAGUGUUCCCACUCCUAAAGAAAAAUCUGCUGAGUUGAAUCUAGCAACUAAAUGGAAGAAUCCUGAAUCUUUGGUUAAUUUCAAAACUACCUUUUCAAAUGAAGAAAAUGGCUUGGUUAAAUCAAAAGAUCAUAGUCCUUAUAAAUAUGAUGGACCUGAUGGAAAGAAAUAUACUCUAAAAGAUGAUUGUGAAGGAAACAACAAUGUUGAUAUUCAACCUAGGGAGAGAAAUGAUAAAUCUAUUGAUAUCAGAAAGGAAGGAACUUUGGCAUCUGACAAGAAUGUUUGCAGCAACAUCCCUAGACAUGGUAAUGAUGCAAGGACUGGUGAUUCUCAAACUUCUUCAAUGAGAGCUUCUGAAGAGGAAGCUUUGAUGACUCUACCAAGAGUAAAUGAAGAAAAGAUGCCUCUUACUAGCUCCGCAGCGAGUAAGCCAGUUUUAGCUCCUAUUACGGUCAAGAAGCCUGUAUCAAGAUGGACCUCAGGAUCUGAUAAUGGCUCAGGAUUUACCUUUCCUGUUUCGGCAUCCUCUUCUGUAUUCUUAGAGCCGCCGACACCUUCCAUAAUGCCAUUGUUCUCUGCUGCUGGGGAUCAACACCAAUCAAAAGAAGGAUCUAGUGUACUGUCAUAUAGUUUUGGUUCAAAAAAGUCCGGACCGGCGGUUGUAUUUUCCUUCCCUUCAACAAGCAAUACCAUUCAUAAUGGGAUCGGAGACAUCAAGUUUAACUUUGGUUCACCAGAGAAGGCAAGGCUGUCGUUUUCAUUUGGAAAAAAUGCUGUCUGCUGCUAAGCAAAACCAAGAAAUGGUGUUCUGAUGGUUGUUCCAGCUACUUUUUGUUGGAUUAUUGUUAUUUUUUUCGUUCAACAUUCUUGGAGAAGGUUGUAUAUUGGUUUUCUUUUCUUUCCGUGAAGAUGAGUAAGAUUCAGCCGUUGAGUCCUAAA